AGUUGAUUUAUCUAAUGAAGACUGACUUCUAGGAGAAAUGCUAGCAUGUUGCAGGGCCGCUAGGGACCGUGAAACAAGCGAGAGAAGUGAAAGAGAAACUGAAAGUGAAAGUGAAAGUAUUGGAUGGGUAGCACCAAGAACUGCUUGCCGGCAGGAUCAUGGAGAAAAUUCAUAAUCUCAACCACUGUCCCUUUUGUUGGGGGCCUCAUCUUUAUCCUUAUCUGGAGACUCAUCAGAAGCGUGUACAUUUACAUAAUGCAGAAGGGAAAGAAGACUAGCGGCAGCGCAAGAGACAUGUGCCUGGCCCGCAUCUUCCGUCGCGUCUUCAGUGUCCAAAGAAUGGUAAAGAUAUUUGCCGAGGAUCUCAGCUAUCCUAAAACUAGGAAGGGCCGGAUAAUGACGUGGUUGACGAUGCUAUUCACUAUAGUGGCGAUAAUAUUAUACCUUAUAGACACAUCUGAGAGUUUGGAACGCUGUAUAGAACGGUCUGCUAUAGGCGUUAUUUUAGAUUUUAUAUGUAACAUUUUUUUCCUCUGGCGAUUCACAGUUAUGUGUAUUGUUGCUAAAGACAAACUAAGUUUUUGGGUUGAACUGAAUUCGCUAAUUGAUUUUUGUACAAUUCCUCCGGCAUUUCUGACAAUGUAUUUGGGUACUACGUGGCUUGGUUUGCGGUUUAUUCGAGCAGUGCGUCUAAACUGGUUCGGUGAUGACGUAGCAGCUGUGAAGCUAAUCUCCUCCCACAAAAUGCUAAACCUCUCCAGGACUCUCUGUCAGUUUGUUAGCUUCUGGUUAACUGCCGGGGGACUUUAUUUUCUGGUUGAUAAUAUGUCAGCGCAGAACACCCAGUGUACAAAAUCUCCUUGCGGUUUAACGUUUUGGGAGUCACUUUAUUUUUUAUUUAUUACUUUAUCAACGAUUGGGUACGGUGACAAACACCCCAGUAGUCGAGAAAGCCAAAUAAUCGUUAUAUUUAUUAUCAUAAUCGGACUGGCAGUUUUUGCCUCGUUUAUGCCGGCCCUCGUGGAACUCUCCCAAAAACCUGCCUCUUUUUUGGGCGAAUACGACGAUUCUAAGUCUAGUCACGUAAUUGUGAGUGGUUAUAUAACCACCAGUACUGUCAGCAACUUUAUGCGCGACUUUCUACAUCCGGAAAACGAAAACCAAGAAACUACUGCCGUAUUUUUAAAUCCUACCCCACCACCAGAAGAAUUACAGAAUCUAAUGCACCGACAUUUUUACCGGUGUCAGUACUUCCAGGGCAGUCCUUUAGGGUCAGGAGACUUACAGCGGGUCAAGUGUGACACAGCUAAAGCGUGCCUGGUAAUUGCAAACAAGCACUCGCACGAACCUGACGCAGAGGACGCCGCUAAUAUUCUCAGGGUGAUAUCUAUAAAGAACUUCCGAGCCUGUGUACGAGUCAUCAUCCAGAUACUAAACUACCACAAUGAGGAGCAUCUGUUCAAUGUGCCAGACUGGAAUAAAGUACACGGUGACGAGGUGAUAUGUAUUAACGAGCUAAAGUUAGGACUGCUCGGAAAGAGUUGUCUGUGUCCUGGUUUCAGCACCAUGGUGGCUAAUCUCAUCAUGAUGAGUUCCUUCCAGCCCGGCAAUUAUAAUAACCCGUCUAACGACGUACGGGACCACUGGCAGUACGAGUAUGGGUUCGGGGCCUCCAAUGAGCUCUACACUGGGGCUAUGAGUAGUGACUUCGUGGGAAUGAGUUUCCCAAUGGUGGCGGAGAUUUGUCUGAUAAAGCUUCACAUUCUCCUGAUAGGAGUGGAGGUGGAAACUAAUGCUGACAGCUCUGGCAUCCUCUUUAAUCCUAGUCCUAGUAUUUUUAGGUUCUCUGAAAACAGUAGGGGUAUAUUCAUCGCUCAAAACCCUCAAGCAGUUAAAAGUGCAGCCUUCUACUGCUACCAGUGUCACGAGUAUACAUCUAACAACGAGAUAUCCAAAUGCAACUGCGAUAAAACCAAGUUCAUAAGGACCGGGCUGUCUGUUCCUGUUCCUGACGGACAGUUUGACGGACAAUAUCGCACUGUUAACAAUUUUGAGUUAACGGAGGGAUUCACAGAAAUGCCACCUAGACCUGGUCCGGAUGUUCCUAACCAGGUGCCAUUUUGGAAGACACUUGGUAAAGAAGAACGGGCUAAGUACGACCAGAAACUGACGCUAGAUGGAACAGGGGCUUAUCAUUGGCGGGAACCAUGUGCUCUGGACGACGUUACCAUGACGAAAGAAGAUGUGGCUACUCUAACUGACCAUAUCAUAGUGUGCGUUUUUGGAGACACUAACUCUCCCACUGUUGGGCUUAGGAAUCUGCUCUUACCGCUGAGAAGCAGUAAUCUUCCCAUGGCGGAGGUGAAAAAAGUUCUACUUUUGGGACAAAAAGACUACAUCGAAAAAGAGUGGAAAGAUUUGAACGACUUCCAAGACGUUUAUUUCAUGGAGGGGUCCCCCAUGAGAAGAGAAGACGUUAUUUCAGCGGGAGUGCAGAACUGCUUGAUGUGCCUUAUCCUGUCCUCCGCGUUACAGGGAAAAGCAACGGAUCCUAACUUAGUGGAUAAGGAGACUAUUCUGUCAUUCCUGCAGAUAAAAGGCUGCGGUGGAACUGAGCUGAUAGCUCCACGCUCCUUCAAGUAUGCUCUGAACGAGAAACCGAAGAGAAACAGGAUGCAAGUACCCAUUAUCUCGGAGAUAGUAAAUGAUUCUAAUGUGCAAUUCAUGGAGAAGUCGAAGGACUCCUCACAAAGGGGGUUGCACAUGGCUCUGCCCUUCACUCGAGGACAAGCCUUCAUUGUUUCCGUGCUGGACGCUAUUCUCUCUUUGACGUUCUACAAUGAGAAGCUGAUGAGGAUAAUCAGAACUCUGAUAACUGGGAUUGACUCUCACUCCCAGGACCCUGACGACGCUUUCGCAGACCUCGAUGAUUGUGGAAUCGCAAUAGGUCUGAACAAGUUCCGUCCUUGGUUAAGGACGAGAAUGAGCUGCAGAAUAGCUCAGAUCUCUUUAGCUGACGAGCGCUUCUCUGGAAUAAGGGUAUACGGGGAACUAUUCGAGAUGCUACUUAGAAGACACUCGAUGCUUGCUCUCGGUCUCUACCGCUGCUACAAGAAAACACACAAAGGAUCUAACAAGAAAUCCCCCACCUCCAGCGACAGGGAGAGAGGGAGGAAUGGUAGAGACAAUGAGGACAGAUAUGUGAACACAGCGCCACCUUACGACGCUAAGCUCCGUCCUAGUGACAAGGUAUUUGUACUGGCCCAGUCGGAGAUGGAGCACAACUUUCCUCUAGAAGACACUGACAAGAAUGACGAGAGCGACUCGUCAGACAACGAGUACAGCUACUCAAACUCACCCCUACCUCCCACAGGCAUGGAUGUAGACGGGAUGUCACCCUUACCACCUCACUUUUACGCGAUGGAAAACGACCACACCAUCAACUUGGAGGAGGGUUGAGGCGCGCUAAGAUAGAGUGUUGUCAUGGUAACAGUUGUGAUGGAGUGUUGCUCAGAUGAUCUAUUUAUAUUUUCUUACUCUAUUUGUGUUAUCGAACGACUGUUUUAUAGCGUUUUAUAACAGCCCACUGCGAAAUCAGCCGAAAUGAAGAUAUCGAAUUAUCCCUGUGAUUUGAGCAAAUUCUCAAAAUGUAUACGAUGACUAUAACUCACCGAUACCAUAGUAACCAUGGUAACCAUGGUAACCGCAUACGUUUAGUUACUCAGUCGGUGGCUGUUAUUAUUAUGGCAAUAAAAAUCAAGUUGAGAAGUUGAUUUAUUUUUCAUAUGAUGCAAAAUAUUUUCUCUGGUGUUAUUUCUUUGAUAUUUGGUGUUAUUUGUCUAGCAUUAUAGUUCAACAAUUUUUAAUCGUACAA